AUGCCUUGUACGCCAGUCGUCGAGGAUAAAUUCGGGCCCAUUGUGUCCGACGCUUGCUUGAAUGGCUUCGACUUCACCUUACUUUUCGAGGAGAAAAUCCUGACAUUUCUUCCACUACUGGUGGCUAGUCUAUGGGCGAUCCUUCGCAUAGUCGUGCUUCGCCACAAAGCCGCCAUAGUGUUCCCAUCAUUCCUCCUCCCAACUAAACUGCUUUGCUAUGCCACAUAUGAAGGUCUUCAGAUCGCGCUCCUAGCACUAUGGGCUCCUAAUGGCGUACCGCGAACACGAUUCACCCUGGUAUGCAUCUCAUUCAGCAUAGUGAUCCAUGCCUUCUUGCCAGUAGUAUCCUACCUUGAGCACACACGUUCCGUGCGGCCAUCCACCAUGCUCGUUCUCCAUCUUGGUAUCACUUCCAUCCUGGAUCUGGCCCGGACAAGGACCCUGUUCUUCACAUCGCAAGGUGAGACGAUUGCUAGAGUCAAUCUGACAAGUCUGUUGGUUAAACUACUCAUUCUGGGCUUCGAGUUGGUUGAGAAGCGAGGGAUGUUAAGACCCGAAUCCAAGACUGCCUCGUUGGAAGCUACGAGCAGUACUCUGAGCCGUGCCUUGUUCCUCUGGUUGAAUGCGGUCUUCAUCAAAGGCUUCCGCAGCUUGUUAACAAUUAAUACCCUGCUCCCACUCGACGAUGAGAUCCUCGCAGCUUCCGAACCAUCAGCCAUCACAACAAAGUGGAACAAUCUUCGCCAACAAAAAGAAGAAACCCCAAACGAUGACGACCUUUUAUGGGUAUUUGCACAGCAUUUCAAAUGGGCGGCACUCGCAGGCGUAUUCCCUCGACUAGCCUACGCUGGAUUUGCAUUCGCCCAGCCAUACCUCGUACAAAGCGUACUAGACUUCACCGCGGCGUCUCAAGGUCUAGAAAGCAACACUACCACCGCCUACGCGUUGAUAGGAGCAUACGCCAUUGUUUAUAUUGGGAUUUCAUUAUCAUACUCCGUCUAUCAGCACAAGACCUACCGAUUACUCACCAUGGUUCGCGGGUCACUGGUCUCCAUGAUAUUCGACAAGACGCUCCGCGCCGAGACUUCCACCUACAACAAUGCAGAAGCAGUGACUCUUAUGAGCGCGGAUAUAGAUCGUAUCACGGGUAGCAUGCACAUCAUCCACGAUUUAUACGCCAGUGUGAUUGAAGCCGGCAUAGCACUUUGGUUCCUCUAUGACUUUCUCGGGAUUGCAAUGGUGCCUCCUUUGGCAUGGAUGGGCAUUUGUGUUGCAAUCGGCAUUCCCAUUGCAAAGGCAUCCGGGAACGCACAAAUCCCCUGGCUGGAAGCGAUAGAGGAUCGUCUGGCGUCUACUGCCAAAGCUUUGAGCGCGAUGAAGGCAAUCAAAAUGACGGGAUUGAUGGAGCAUGUUCACUCGCUCAUUGCUGCAUCAAGGAUUACUGAAAUCCGAGCUUCAAGGCGUCAUCGAGUGUUGAACAUUUUCGUCUUUGUAUCUUCCUUUGCUUCUCUAGCCAUGGCUCCAGUUCUAGGAUUUCUGACGUACAUAUUGCUAGCCAAGUCUAGUGAUCCUCAACGAACACUAACAGCAGGCGUUGCGUUUGGCGCCUUGAGUCUCUUUGAGUUACUACAGCAACCUGUCCAAUAUGCCGUGGACGGCAUGGAAGAUUUCCAGACGCUGGUCAAUUCUUUCCGACGUAUCCAGGAGUAUCUCGUAUCUCGGGAUCGAGAGGACUACAGAACACUUCUUCCAGAGAGAUAUACGCCGCCGCACCCUGAAAAGGCCAAGUUGGAUAUGGUCGAAUCUAUGAACGCUUUCGACGCCGAAGAUAUCACAGCAUGCUAUGAAAACGAAGGCAAAACCAUCCUAAAAGACUUGACAUUUCGCAUCCCACGAGGCCAGACAACAAUCAUCCACGGAAAUAUCGGUUGCGGCAAAACCACACUGCUCAAACUUCUCCUCGGAGAGAUGCCUAUCUUCUCAGGUUCCCUCAAGACAACCGACUCAAGAAUAGCCUACUGCUCGCAAAAGGCAUGGUGUAGCUGGGGCACCAUCCGCAGCAACAUCAUCGGCAAGUCCAUCUGGGACGAGAACUGGUAUCAACAAGUCCUCUCCGCCUGUGCUUUAUCCCACGAUCUCGCACAAUUACCCGAAGGCGAGCAGACGUUGAUUGGCAAUAGAGGUUCCCGUCUGAGUGGAGGACAACAAUCACGCAUCGCACUUGCUCGGGCGAUUUAUUCCCGACGACCAGUCAUGCUAUUGGAUGGAGUACUCGAAGGUCUGGAUCGAGCUACGGAACAGCACAUUAUAGAAACUGUAUUUGGUACGGCGGGGAUACUUACUAGAAUGAACGCCACGGUCGUGCUGGCUACAACUUCUACCGAUCACUUGAAAUUAGGAGAUCAUAUCAUACCCCUGAGUACCGACGGGGGUAUCCUAAAGCAAGACGCACAAAUAACCGUCAAAUCUAGCAAUAGUCUCGACACGAUAUCGGAGGAGGAGGAGAAGGAUACACCACACGUCGAAACUCUACCCGGUCCUACUACUACAACCCACGAGAAAUUUUCAGAUUCUGCCGACGACGACGACGACGAACAACAACUCCAUCGUCUCCUGGAUGACUUUGAAAAGGAUGGAAAUGCUCGAAAGACGGGCGACUGGCAAGUCUACCUCUACUACGCCCGUAUAGCAGGAUGGCCAUUGAUAACGCUAUAUUUACUCGCGUGUGCCGUUUUGGUUUUCGGCCUCACAUUCCCCUCGCUAUGGCUACAAUGGUGGACGAAUGCCAAUGCCAAACAUCCGAAUGAGCGUAUUCCUUAUUGGAUUGGUGUUUUUGCCGGGUUGGGGUUCUUGACGCUCGUUGGAUGUGCAAUCGCAGACUCGGUAUUCAACUUACUCUUACUGCCGAAAACGUCAAAGAGAUUCCACGAGCUAUUGCUAGAUACCACGAUGCACGCAUCAACCAAUUUCCUCACCUCCACGGACGCAGGAACGACAUUGAAUCGAUUCAGUCAAGACUUGGAGUUAAUCGACAACGAUCUCCCCCAAGCCAUCAACCAGGCAAUCUUCCAAUUCAUGUCAACAAUCGUCACCGCAGCACUAGUAUUUUCCGGUUCCGGAUACAUAGCAGCCGCGAUACCCGUCCUCAUCGUGGUGAUAAUCUUGAUAUCCCUCUUUUACCUACGAACAUCCCGCCAAAUGCGCCUCCUCGACAUCGAAGCAAAAGCCCCUCUCUUCUCGCACUUCCUCGAAACGAUCCACGGUAUUGAAUCCAUUCGGGCAUAUGGCUGGACAGCAGAAUACGCGGAACGGAAUUUAAAAGCACUCAAUAACUCCCAGCGACCUUAUUAUCUCUUAUUCUGCCUGCAGCGAUGGUUGACUCUGGUCCUGGAUCUUCUCAACGCGGGAGUAGCCAUUACUCUCGUGGCAAUCGCCACCAAUAUCCACAAUGGAUCCACCGAGUUUCUCGGCGUGGCGCUCUUCAAUAUCGUCAUCUUCUCCUCUACCGUGCAGAGUCUAGUGACUGAAUGGACGCAAGUAGAAGCAGCUCUUGGAGCGAUCAAUCGGAUUCGCGCGUAUGAGCAAAACGUCCAGAAUGAGAAUCUUCCCGGGGAGAAGGGCAGUUUAUCAAACGAGUGGCCAACGCAAGGCAGGAUAGUGUUUGAGAAUGUGCAGGCUUCGUACGACUCCCUAACCAACCCCAUCCUGCGAAAUAUCAACCUUGUCAUUGAUUCCGGGAUGAAAGUGGCCAUUUGCGGUCGUACAGGGAGCGGCAAAUCAUCUCUAACAGGCACACUUCUCCGAACGGUGGAUAUCGACCACGGGAGAAUUUCCAUUGAUAAUGUAGACAUCACCACAAUACCGCGGGAAGAAGUGCGAAGGAGAUUGAAUACUCUCCCUCAAGAACCUUUCUUUCUCAGGGGCACUGUACGUGAGAAUUUGGAUCCCUAUCAUUCAGUCAGUGAGGAGCGUUUGAUACACAUUUUACAGAAACUCCAUCUCUGGGAGAAAGCGAUUGAUGAGAAUGGGGGCUUGGACGCCGACAYGGAAGAUGUUCCACUCUCGCAUGGACAACGCCAGUUAUUCUGUCUUGGACGCUGUUUAGUCAAGGGUGGGAACUUGGUGAUUUUGGACGAGGUGACGAGUGGCGUGGAUAGUACGACUGCCAGUUUAAUGCAGGGGGUGAUUCGGGAGGAAUUCGUCGGUCGAACGAUUGUUGCUGUGGCGCAURAAUUGCAUGAAGUCCUCGACUUUGAUCGAGUGGUUGUUUUGAAUCGGGGGCAGAUUGUUGAGGUGGGAUGUCCGAGGGGGUUGUUGAGGGAGACUGGGUCGGCGUUUCAUGCUUUGUACGAGGCAAAGUAG